CAAAAGCCAUGGAAGUGACUAAACUGGGAGUAACCAGCCUACGUGAGGUCCCUUGGCCAGGAUGUCCAGCCUGGUUUUGGGGCAGCGGGAUGAGUCUGCAGGGCACCGGCUGAACCAGGAGGAGAUCCUGGGGAGCACUCGGCUGGUGACCCAGGGUUUGGAGGCCCUCCACAGUGAACACCAGGCUGUGCUGCAGAGCCUGUCCCACACCAUCGAGUGUCUGGAGCAGGGAGGCCAUGAAGAAGGGCUGGUGCAUGAGAAGGCUAGGCAGCUGCGCCGUUCCAUGGAAAACAUUGAGCUGGGAUUGAGUGAGGCCCAGGUGAUGCUGGCUCUAGCCAACCACCUGAGCACGGUGGAGUCGGAGAAACAGAAGCUACGAGCUCAGGUGCGGCGGUUGUGCCAGGAGAACCAAUGGCUCCGGGAUGAGUUGGCGGGCACGCAGCAGCGACUGCAGCGCAGUGAACAGGCUGUGGCCCAGCUUGAGGAGGAGAAGAAGCACUUGGAGUUCUUAGGGCAGCUGCGACAGUAUGAUGAGGAUGGGCACACCACGGAGGAAAAGGAAGGUGAAACCACCAAGGAUUCCCUGGAUGACCUUUUCCCCAAUGAGGAGGAAGAGGACCCCAGCAAUGGCUUGUCCCGUGGUCAGGGCACUCAGCCAGGCGGAUAUGAAAUCCCAGCAAGGUUGAGGACAUUGCACAACCUGGUGAUCCAGUAUGCAGCCCAGGGUCGCUAUGAGGUGGCCGUGCCACUCUGCAAGCAAGCACUAGAGGACCUAGAGCGCACGUCUGGCCGUGGCCACCCUGAUGUUGCCACCAUGCUCAAUAUCCUUGCUUUGGUGUAUCGGGACCAGAAUAAAUAUAAGGAAGCUGCCCAUCUACUGAAUGACGCCCUCAGCAUCCGAGAGAGCACCCUGGGCCGGGACCACCCUGCUGUGGCUGCCACUCUCAACAAUCUUGCUGUACUCUAUGGCAAAAGAGGCAAAUAUAAGGAGGCAGAGCCGCUGUGCCAGCGGGCACUGGAGAUUCGUGAAAAGGUCCUGGGCACUGACCACCCAGAUGUGGCAAAGCAGCUGAACAACCUGGCCCUGUUAUGCCAGAACCAGGGCAAGUAUGAGGCUGUGGAGCGCUAUUACCGGCGUGCACUGGCCAUAUAUGAGGGACAGCUGGGGCCAGACAACCCUAAUGUAGCCCGGACCAAGAACAACCUGGCUUCCUGUUACCUGAAACAGGGCAAAUAUGCUGAGGCUGAGACGCUAUACAAAGAGAUCCUGACCCGUGCCCAUGUGCAGGAGUUUGGGACUGUGGAUGACAACCACAAGCCCAUCUGGAUGCAUGCAGAGGAGCGGGAGGAAAUGAGCAAAAGCCGACACCACAAUGGUGGUACACCCUAUGCUGAGUACGGAGGCUGGUACAAGGCUUGCAAAGUGAGCAGCCCCACAGUAAACACUACUCUGAGGAACCUAGGAGCUCUGUACAGGCGCCAGGGGAAGCUGGAGGCAGCUGAGACCCUGGAGGAAUGUGCCCUGCGUUCCCGAAAACAGGGCACUGACCCCAUAAGCCAGACCAAGGUGGCAGAGCUGCUGGGGGAGGGUGAUUGUGGAAGGACCUCCCGGGAAGGCCCAGGGGGCAGUGUGAAAUUUGAGGGAGGUGAAGAUGCUUCUGUGGCUGUGGAGUGGUCAGGGGAUGGAAGUGGGACCCUGCAGAGAAGUGGCUCACUGGGUAAGAUCCGGGAUGUGCUUCGUCGAAGCAGUGAGCUCUUAGUGAGGAAGCUCCAGGGGAAUGAACCUCGGUCUUCCAGCAGCAAUAUGAAGCGGGCAGCCUCCUUAAACUAUCUGAACCAGCCCAAUGCAGCACACCUCCAGGGCUCGCGGGGCCUCAGUGCCAGUACCAUGGAUCUCUCUUCAAGCAGCUGACAUCCAACCCACUCCUCCAAGUGUGCUGGGUCUCCUCAGAGCAUUCCCCAUUGUGCCUGCCUGGCUUUUCCUAAUCAAGGUGGGACAGUGAGGGGGAGCAGUUGAAUUGGAGAUCGCUGCUGCCCUUAGGGUAUCGGUGGUUCCCUCCUCAGGAAUCCCCCUCAGGAAGGACCUUCAGGGCACUCUCUUCCCACCCUGUGGUCCUCUAGAGUAGUUAACUCUGAGGCCCCAAAGAUGGGCAAGAUGCAGUUAUGCACCUUAGAGAUGUCGCCUGCUGGCUUUCUCUAUCCAAGGGUUUGAGGGUGGCCAGCUGAACUGCCUUACCCUGGCCUCUCCUGUUUCCCUCUGCUGCAUCACUUCAGGUCCAUGUAUUUCACUUAUCUUAAAUAAGAGAAUCAGGUAACUAUUC